CAGAAACAUGAUUGGUAGCGUGCUUUUCUAUGGAUUUUACCCGUUGUCCCGCUUGUUUGCGAGUCGACACACAGAGCCCUCACAGAAGGAUCCCACUCCUGCGCUUGUUAAUGGCACAGUGGUGUGUGAUGGUGGUGCUGUCACAGCCUGUCAGUUUACCCAUUGUCAAACAGCCCGACUGGAGGAGCAGCUCCCCUCAUGUGGGGGGUCCUGUGAAGAGACGCAGGAAAGGAUGAGUGUACAAAGUGAGGAAGAUGCUAAAUGUGAGUCAUACACAGAACAAGGUUUUUCAGUUCUAUUACACCAAAAGUCAAGUCAAGACCAGACUGCACUGAUGAUGGCACCUCAAGAUUUGCCAGAAACAAGUCGAAACCAGAGUGCACUGACAACCGCACUUGAAGAUUUGCCAGAGACACAACAUGAAGUGAAGCACCCUGAACAAGAGGACACAGAAGCUGCACCUGCGUGUGAGCAAAACAGCAAUGAAGGAUGUUUCUCUCCAGCUCCUACUCCAGAGGAUGCAGUUCGUACUACCCCAGAGGAUGCAGUUCGUACUACCCCAGAGGAGGCAGAGGAGGCAGUUUGUGAGUGCUUGGACCAACUACAGACUGAGGACUACAGAGAAACCUGGCCUCCUCAGCCAGAAACGCCAUGUUUGAAAGAGCUUCUUGCCGCAUCAGAAGACCACAAACUGGAAGUCCAGUUUGUUCAUGGCAGGGCAGUGAGCCCACCAGUGCCUCCUGCUGGAGGAUCAGAGUGCUGGGAUGAAUACAUCAUAGCUAUUGAUGCCUCAAGUAAAAACACUGGGGGAAACCAUUCAAAUGUGUGUUUGGUUCCUCCUGACUGUAGCACUGACAUGUCCUUCCCUGCACAACAGCCCACACAGUCAGGGUACCACUUUGCUGUGGGUCCUGGCCUGACAAAUGAAGUACAAUGCCCUCUGUGGCAGUAUCCAACACUCAGCUAUUAUCCUACAAUGGAGCAGACUCUGCCUUUUGAAGUAAUGUGGAGGGUGUGGGAGGACAUGAACGACAGUUCAGCUGCAGACACACCUGCAUUGGUGCCCUUCCCCUUUAAAAAGACCGAAAUGGAUUUCAGUGUUAUGUCCUACAACAUACUUAGUCAGGACCUGCUGGAGGCAAACCAGGACCUGUACACACACUGCCCACUGGAGGUAUUGGAGUGGAGUUACCGCUCUAGAUUGCUUCUUGAGGAAAUUCACAAGUGGGCACCAGAUAUUCUGUGUCUCCAAGAAGUGCAGGAAAACCACUUUUAUCAACAGUUCUAUCCAGUUUUAACUCAAAUGGGCUACACUUGUGUGUACAAGCGGCGCACGGGCACUAAGACAGACGGCUGUGCUACGUGUUACCGCAGCAGCUGCUUUACUGAAUUAUCCAUCAUCGAGGUGGAGUAUUUCAGGACUGAGAUAGAGCUGCUGGACAGGCACAAUGUGGCCAUUAUAGUUCUGCUUCGACCAAUGAUCAUCCAGGGGUCAGAGGUCAAGGCACAAGGCCCUCCUCUGUGUGUGGCAAACACUCACCUGCUUUUUAACCCCAGAAGGGGAGAUAUUAAACUGGCACAGCUAGCCAUACUUCUGGCAGAAAUUGACAAGGUAGUCAAGUCUUGUAAAAGAAAUGGGGAGAACUGUAACAUAGUCUUAUGUGGGGAUUUCAACUCUGUCCCUCACACGCCUUUGUACCAGCUAAUCACAGAAGGAGAUCUCUAUUUCCAAGGUCUCCCAGCAUGGAUGAUUUCAGGGCAGGAGGAUCUGUCAUACAAAUCCCACGUUUAUAGGCUCUAUGCUCCUCUGUGGCCAGACACACUUGGAAUCAGUGACUGUUGUCAGUACACUUCAGUGAACCAGGGCUCAGAGAAACACAAGCACACAACAGGAACACAUCAAUACAGUCACGAGUUUCUUCUACAGCUGCGCUUCUGUUCAGCUGCCUGUCAACGACCAGCAGACCUGGAGAUGAUCCCAGGAGUGACUGAUGUCACACCAGAUGAUGCAAAGGCCCAGCCUCCCUCCCCAAGGUUCAGACAUUUCCUGAGUCACGGGUUAAAUCUGCAGUCGGUCUAUAAGCAUGUGCUUCCAGGCUCAGGUACUGCUGAAGUUACAACGCUACACUCUCAAGUGGGGGCAACAGUGGACUACAUCUUCUACUCUCCCAAACUCCCCUUAAACACAGAGGAGCAAGGAGAGGCCAGCUUUAUGAGCAGCGGUCUGAAGGCGAUUGGCUGCCUCUCUCUCCUGUCUGAGGAUGUACUGUGGUCAAUGAAUGGUCUCCCUAGCCACAUGUUUCCCUCUGACCACCUAAGCCUUUUGGCAAAAUUCCAAGUCGACAUCAUUGCAACAACAUAAUGAAGAAAUGCCAUAAUGGCCAAAACAUAAUGAAGAAAACAGUGCCUUUAAUAUUAGAAACAGUACUUAAGUUGAAAUGGUAUUUAUUUGAAUGGUUUACAUUGGUUAAAAGAAUUGCAGAGUUGCCUUUGUACAAUGACCAGGUCAUAUUUGUAAAUGAGAAUUAGUUCUCAAACAUUUUUCCUGGGAAAAUAAUGGUUAAAUAAUUUAAAAUAAUAAUAUAAAAAGUGUCAGAUUUUGCAAAUGAUGUCUUGAGUGGUUUACAUUAUGUUUUAGAGAAGGUACUCAUGCAGGUUCAUCUAGAUAUUUAAGCUGUUUAAGGACGUGCAAUAAAGAUUUUCAUGUUUUUACUGAUCUCUUGGCUCAUAUUGUUGGUUGCUUGAUUGCAAGUAAAUAAUGAGUCGCAUA